AAAAUGUCUUACCAUAACAGGGAUGAACGCGUGUUCAAACACGAGCUAGAUAGGAGUUUGCGGGAUACAAGCCGGUGAGGAAGCCGGAGGUCAAAAAACACCGAUGGCACAACCCAUGCGACUUUAAACCGAACACAGUUCUGACAACUGAGGCGUUCAGGCCUACGCCUACCCUCUGUUUUCGUUGAUAAUGGACCCCAAAAGUGAGGCCAAGAAGACCCCUAUUCACCUACAAGGGGAUCACACUUCUGAAACCCAGAGGUUGACCACACCCAAACGACCUGGCUGCAGCUGGCUAGUGCUGCUUGCAGCUGCAACAGCCUCCCUGAGUGGCUUGAUGCUGGGUUAUGAAAUGGGCCUGACCUCUGGGGUCGUGCUACAGCUGCGGAAAAUCCUUUCCCUCUCUUGUACAGAACAAGAACUCUUGGUAAGCUCCCAGCUGCUCGGAGCUCUCCUCGUCUGCCUGGCUGGGGGCCCUAUUCUGGAUCGCUAUGGCCGCCGCUGCUCCCUGCUCCUGAGCGCCGCCCUGGUGGUCGGAGGAACCGUUGUGCUCAUCGCUGUGACUUCACUUGUAGCUCUCACGCUGGGUCGUGUGAUAGUCGGAAUGGGGACGUCUCUGUCAGGGACCGCAGCGUGUCUGUACAUUGCAGAGAUCUCACCGAGGGAGAGGAGAGGCCUGCUGGUCACCCUGUAUGAGCUGAUGCUAGUUGUAGGGGUGAUGCUGGGCUUCAGCUGCAGCUACGCCUUUGCUACUACACCCCAUGGCUGGGCAUAUACAUUUGGACUUGUGAUCCCUCCUGCACUGCUCCAGAUGGGUGCACUUCUCUUCCUCCCACAUAGUCCUCGUUUCCUUGUUUCUCACGGCAAAGUAGAGCUGGCGAGGGAAGUGCUGGCCAGGAUGAGAGGCGGAGGUAAGGAGAAUGUGGCAGGGGAGCUCAGGGACAUCCAGGCGGGGCUGAAGGAAGAAUCCGAGCACAGUUUCUGGGAGCUGUUCAGUGCUAAGGCAAACCUGCGUUUACGGUUGCUUACAGGGAUGUCCUUAGUUUUCCUCCAGCAGGCCACCGGGCAGCCCAACAUCCUCUCCUACGCCUCGCCUCUCCUCCGCAGCGUGGGCUUCAACAGUGAUGCUGCCGCUACCUUGGCCUCCACAGGUUUUGGAGUGGUCAAGGUAGUCGGCACAAUCCCUGCUGUGCUGCUGGUUGACCGUGUGGGAACCAAGACCUUCCUGUGUGUAGGUGCUGUGGGAAUGGGAAUAUCACUGGCUGCACUCGGUACUCUGACUCUGCAAAGCCGCACUCACCUAACAAGCCUGUGUAAAAGCCAGACUUUAGAAAAUCACACAUAUUCACCGUGGGAAUUAAACAGUACCUCAACAGAACUGGACAGCAGUGAGAUAUUUUCCACUCAACUCCCCAGCCACUGGAGCGCUGAGGAAGCACAAAAGACCGAUAGUGAGAGUGGCAGUUUUUGGGACUCUGAUAGAGGAAGGACUCAUCUAGAACUGUCUUCCUCUCUAAAAUGGGCAUCACUAAUAAGCCUGCUGGUGUAUGUUGCAGCCUUCUCAAUUAGCCUUGGGCCCAUGGUGUAUGUGGUUCUCAGUGAGAUCUUUCCCAUGGGAGUCAGAGGCAGGGCUGUGUCAGUCGUGUCGGCAGUAAACUGGGCUACAAACCUACUCAUUUCCAUGACUUUCCUCACCAUCACAGAAAAGAUUGGCGUUCCCAAUGUAAUGUUUCUAUACUCAGCCAUGUGUUUUGUCCUGCUGGUGUUUGUCAUCCUCUGCAUCCCAAAGACCAAAGGCCAGACACUGGAGGAGAUAUCAAAAGAGUUGGCUAAGAAGGAGAGCUUUGAGAUAAAGCUUUUCAGACAGGCACAGCCCCAGGAGAGCCUGAUCUGCAAGAGCCCGUCCACAGAAUGUUCUGCAAACAUCUAAGUCCUAUUUUCAGCCUCAUGAUCAAAAAAACAAAACAAUGUAUUGAAAAUAUAGAGCAGAUCGGAGUCACAUCUGUUCAUCUGCAGGCAGGCUGGUCCACGUCAUAAAGCUUGCUCAUUUGGCUUUUCUAAUGACCAGAUCAGAGACACGAGAGAACUAAGAAGUGGGGAGAUUUGGGAGAUUUUCUCAGAUCAGGUUAACUCAGGGUUCACUAAUAAUCUAUGUGUUAAAAUCUGUUUUGUUUUAUUUUUUAACUUCAAUUUUCUCUUAUUUUUCAUUUCUUGUUCUUUUGCCAAAACAGGAAAAAAGAUUUUUUGUACUUUACUUGAAUUUGGGCAAAUUUUCAAAGCAAAAACCUUAAAAUAUCAAUCAUUAAAAAAAAAAUACUUUACCCUUUACGGUUAAAAUGUACCGUCCGUACUAUCAAAUCUGAGACUGAGCUAAAAUAUAAGCAUUCAAGCUAACUGAGUUGGAAGCACCCUCUUCAAACCAGUCCUGCCAGUUUUACCAGUGGAGCUCAACAUCCUUUUUUUUAUUAUUAUGAGAACAAAAUUUUGAAUUCAGUGUUUGUUUUUUCCUUGGCUGCUAAAUAUAUUGAUCGAUAAUAGAAAAAUUAUACCACGUCUAGUUGUCAGGCAAUAGUUGGUUAAUAACUUACCAUGUACCACAAGAAGUCUUAGGAGACUGAUGAGCCGUUUUGUGGAUUAGUUGCUCACGAUUGCACAAUUUUUAAUGGUACUUUUAAAACCACCACUAAUCUUUUCAGUGUUCAUUGAAAAAAAAAUGCUGCAGUUGCAAAUGAAAACAUUUUUUCUCCACAUGUAAUCAGAACACACCACUACAGGAUACACUGCUGCUACUAAACUGAAACCAAACAAUAAAGAGAAAUACCCUGCA